AGCAUUGCUCAAGACCGCAUAGCAGAAAGAAAAUUUUGUGUGGUGGGAAACAGACAUCGAUGAUUCCACGCACCAUCCACGUUUACGUGCGAUGAUUCCCCUUUCGUUGCAGCAUAUAUCUCUGCACGAAGGCCGUGGACCGUCGGAUGGCAAUAGCCAAGCAUUACUCAAGACCGCAUAGCAGAAAGAAAAUUUUGCGUGGUGGGAAACAGACGUCGAAAGGCUGAGAAAUCGGUGGAGAUUUCAGCAGUGGAGCAGUGGGUGGGUUGUGUAGUUUGGGCACUUCCCGGGUAAUCGAUGGCUCCUUCCUCCUUUUCUUUUCUCUGGUUCUGCUUCGAGUGCUCCAUUUUCUUCUGAUUAAGAUCUGGAUAGUGAAAUCUUGCUUUCUCUUAAGGCUCUACUCGAUCAAAUCUCUUAUAAGGAUCUUCUGGGUCAAUCCGUGCGUGAUGCUUUCAGAAGAUCCGAAUUUCGAGGCGUCUUCCUCAUCGACCCCUACACAUGAAGGAGCUAAUGAAGGUGGAGACGAACAGCAGAGAGGGGUUGAGUAUGAAGUAUUCUUGAGCUUUAGAGGGACGGAUACUCGUAAAGGUUUCACUGAUCAUCUCUAUACAAAUCUUAUCAAAGAAGGAAUUCACGCAUUCAGAGAUGACAAUGAGCUCCGUGUUGGUGACGAGAUUGGUCCAGAACUUAUAUCCAGUAUUACACAGUCUAAGAUCUCGAUCCCAAUUAUCUCGGAGAACUAUGCUUCGAGCAAAUGGUGCCUCCGUGAGCUGGCUCAGAUAUUAAAGUGCAAGAGAAGUGGAGGGCAAAUAGUGUUGCCCAUAUUUUACAAAGUGGAACCCUCACAGGUGCGACACCUUAUAGGGGGAAUGGGAGAUGCUAUCAAUGCAUUCAAAAAGAAUUUGGACAAAAUGGUUGUGAAGGAAUGGGAAGAUGCACUCAAAGAAGUUAGUUCCUUGAAAGGAUGGGAAUCGGAGAAAAUUGAAAACGGGCAUGAAGCAAUGUUAGUUACAGUGGUUGUUGGAAGAGUUAUGAGCGAGUUAACAAGAUUAUUUCAACUAAAUGUUCCCAAACAAUUGGUGGGAGUUGACAAUCGUGCAGAACAGAUUAUGAGCAAGAUAGAUUCUAAAUUCAAUGGUACAUGGAUUAUCGGGAUUUAUGGAAUGGGCGGCAUCGGUAAGACAACUCUUGCAAAGGUAUUAUACAACAAACUCUCUAGUCAAUUUGAGGGUCGUAGCUUUGUGGCAAAUAUUCGAGAGACAUCUCAACAUGAGGGCAUUAAAUUCCUACAAAAGCAACUAAUUUCUUCUAUAACGAAAAAAACAUGUGACGUGUCUAAUGUUGACGAGGGAAUCGGUAUCAUCAAAUCCCAAUUUACAAGUAAGAAAUGUCUCAUUCUUCUUGAUGAUAUGGAUGAUAAUACUCAGUUGCAAGCUUUGGCUAGAGAUGGUAGUUGGUUUAAAGCUGGAAGUAUAGUCAUCAUAACAACUAGAAAUAAGAGUAUUCUUGAUGAAGCUAGGGCAAGCUACAUGUACCAACUAGAUGAGUUACCUUUUGAUCAAUCAUUGAUCUUAUUUAGUCGACAUGCGUUUGGGAAGGAUUCUCCUCCAAGUGAUUAUGAGGUUAUAUCUCGUGAUGUCGUAUCUACUACUGGGUGUCUUCCCUUAGCUCUUGAAGCGAUAGGUUCAUCCUUAUUUGGAAAGGCAAAAGAAGCAUGGAAAGAUGCAUCGAAGAAAUUGAAGAAUGUGCCUGAUAAGAAAGUGCAAGAGUCGUUGAGGAUUAGCUAUGAUGCAUUAGAUGAAGAUGUCCAACAAAUAUUUUUGGAUAUUGCGUGUUUUUUUAACAGAUCAUCUAAACAAAUUCCGACUUAUAUGUGGGAUGCUUGUAACUUUUUCCCGGGGAAGGGGAUUGAAUUAUUAAGUCUCAUGUCCCUAAUCAAAAUCGACAAGGAUGGCAAAAUAAUGAUGCAUGAUCAACUGAGAGAUCUUGGAAAGGAAAUUGUUCGUCAAGAAAAUCAAGAGAAGCCUCAAAAGCGUAGCAGAUUAUGGAAUGAGGAAGCCAAAGAUGUGCUUGACAACAACAAGGGCACUUGUAAGAUCGAGAUCCUUCAAAUAGGCUAUAGCUGGGGAAAAAGUUACACAUUUGAACAAUUCAAAGAAUUGACUAACUUGAGAUUCCUUCAAAUGGAGUUUGCAAGUCUCGCUGGAGAUUUUCAAAAUUUGCUUCCUAAUUUAAGAUGGCUUCAAUGGCAAACUACUUCCUGGAAUUUUGCAGCAGCUAACUUUCAGCCGAAGAAGUUAGUGGUGCUCGAUUUAUCGGGGAGUGGGAUUUCGGAUGACUGGAGAGGAUGGGAUCCAUUCAAGAUGGCAAUCGAGCUCAAAGUUCUCAACCUCUCAAAGUGUCAUUACUUAAGAAGAACUCCUGACCUAUUCGCUUUCAAAAGCUUGGAGAUUUUGAAUUUGGAAGAUUGUGGGAAUUUAGAAGAGAUUCAUCCUUCUAUCGAAGAUAUCAAGACCCUCCUCUCCUUGAAUGUCAAGAGAUGCCAUAGAUUGAAAGAGCUACCGGCAAGAGUAGGUAGAAUGGAAGAAUUGAGGGAGCUUCUUUUAGAUGGUACUGCUAUACAAGAUAUCCCUAUUUCAAGAGGUUGUUUGAUGAAGCUAGAGACUCUAAGUGCCUCAUGGUGUAAACAACUUGCUCAACUUCCAGAAUCGAUGGGCUCCAUUGUGUCGUUAACUCAACUAAACUUAUCUUUUUCAGGGAUUAAAAGAUUACCAAAAUCCACAGGUUCCCUUACAUCGUUGACUCAAUUGAACCUAUCUCAGACAAGGAUUAAAAGGUUACCUAAAUCCAUUAGUUCUUUGAAGGAGCUCAUGACUCUUGAUGUCUCUAAUUGUGCGUCAUUAGUCCACAUAACUAGCUCCAUAGGCCAUCUAACAUCUUUGCGAUGCUUGUUGCUACGAGGUUGCCCCUCAUUAACAAAAAUUCCCGAUUCAAUCGGAAAGUUGGCAUCAUUAACUAAGUUGGAUUUAAGAUGGACAUCAAUUGCGGAAUUACCUGAAAGUGUUGAGAAUUUGCAGAAUUUGAGGAUCUUGGACAUUCGUGAAACUCACAUAACGAAAGUGCCAGGUUCCAUCAGAAUGAGAGAAGGCUUGUUGGCUUGAGCAUGUGUUGCUCCUACAGUUGAACAAUCUUUUUAGAGGAAGAAAAGAUUUAUGUGUGAAAAUGUUCAAGCACACAACGACAAACUGAUGAAGACAACUCCCCCAGCAUCUUAAUGGAAUUGCCUGGUGUGGUCAGAAUGUUGACUCGUUUUGUGAAAUAAUUUCAGGCCUAGGUCGCCUUAAGAUCUCCAUGCUUUCUCUUCUUUGUCAAAGGUGUGGCUUUUCAUUGCAAACUUAGAUAGGAAACAAAUGCUGAUAACGUUAGAGAUGUACUGUGUAGUAAGGCACUAACUCUGUUACUUUGACUGAGAUUGAAAAUAAAGGAGAUUGAAAAUAAAGGAAGC